CUUGUCAGAUGGAUUAACAUACAACGAAAAACAAAACGGAGAUGGACAGAGCUUAGUGUGUUUUCAUACAACAUAAAAGUAUGGCUACAGUGAAUCAACAGACAGAACUCCCUCUUCGAGUAGAGGACUGGACGAGAGAUCAAGUUCGUUACUGGCUGACUGAGGUGAUUAAAGUGGAUAAAAAAUAUGCAGACAAGCUGUAUGAAGAAGAGGUAUCUGGAGAAGAACUGGUUUGUUACCAACCUAAACAUUUACAGGAACUUGGUAUAAAGCAUGGGCCAGCUGUUAGGAUUAUCGCACGGUUGGAUACACUAAAGAGGGAAAAACCAAAAUCAUAUUCUUCUGACCAUUUCCUCACAGAGGACAAGCUAGACACAACAGAGGAGAACAAAGACAGCACUUCAACAAACCAAACACUAUUAUCAAAAAAUGUUGAAAAGAGAAAAUCGGGUAAAACUGAAAAAAAUAGUAUAUCCAAUUCCAUGGAAAAUAUAACAAAUUUUGGAAAAGGAAUUGAACCAACAGAGUCAAAUGUCCCUAAAACAACAGCAAUUCCUUCUGAAAGUGAAAGUCACAUAAAGAUGGAUAGAUCCUUAAAACACUCAUGUUGUCUUUAUCCAUUUGAUCAGAGCUCUGCUUCUCAUCGAUACAUUCAAAACUACACUUUACCACCAGAGACGGGACCAGGUAAUCUGAUUGAUCCAGUUCAUGAGUAUAAGUUUAUGGGCAGAACAGAUGAUAUAACCGUGAUGAAGAAGAAGUUCAAUAAGGAGGUUUUUCGCUUUGCUGCUGGCUGCAUGAACAGCCGCACUAACGGAACCAUCCACUUUGGUGUAGCUGACUCUAAAGAUUCACAAUAUGUUCAUGGAGAGAUUAUCGGGGUCAGUGUUGACAAGAAAGAUGCUAUCAUUGAUCACUUUCAUCAGGGCAUUAAACAAUACUUUGAAGAACAUCCAGAUGAAGCAAAGGCGUGCAUCAGACAACCACGCUUUGUAGAAGUUCUCUGUCCUGACAGUACUCUUUCUGGCAAAUAUAUCAUAGAGGUGGAUGUUGUACCAUCCCACAGCAUAGUUGAUGGAAAGCUGUUUUAUAUCCAGACUCUGGAUGAAGAAAAUCAAUGGAAAAAGAGCAAAGCAAAAUCACUUUUCAUCAGAGAUGGAGCUGCAACUCGGGAUAUCUGUAAAAUUGGUAAUCCGAGAGACCUGCAAACUGAAUUAGCUCGACUAAAUACAAAAGUGAAAGUUCUGGACAAAAAAAGAAAGGAUGCUGAAAAGAGACCCGAAAGCGAAGAAAAAUCAAAUCAAGGGGAAAUUCUCAAAGAUUUGUUGACAUGUGGAGGAAACAGACUGAAUCAUUAUAAAUAUUUCAUCAUUGUAACAAACAAAAGUCACCCUGAACAGCUGCAGCAUCUUCAGUUCAUGACAACCUUAAAAUUGUUCUGUGUGCUGGACUUUGAUCCAGAUUCUGUAGUAAAUGGAUCCUGCCACAACUACAGAGAUGUUCGAGUUGCAAACCUUCACACACCAAGCCAGUUUAAUGGGGACCCAGGAGCAAUUUUCGAUGAUUACAAUUUGUACAAACAAACAAGUUGGGUAUUCUGUAACGGCAGAAAAGACCUCAAUACAGAAUCUGACCGACCACUCAAACCAAGUGAAUGGUUAUUGCAUAAAGCAGGUGAAGUACAAAACAUGAUUUCGUUUUUCUGCAACUCAAACAAUCUUCUAAGAGGACAAUUCUUUGUCAUAUUUCUCCUCCUCUCCACGGUUGAGGCCAUGAAUGACCCAAUGUUUGACACUUUUAUGUCAUUUUAUAAAAACCUUGGUGGUACUGAAAACAUAGCAACCAUUUGCACUUCAGUAGAUUCCUUUAAUAAAUGGAGAGAUUAUAUUCAGUCCAGAUGUGAACAUGACAUCAGUCAGCGGAGUAUAUAUGAUCUGGAGCUCAGUGAAAUCAAUGGGACGAUACUGAAACUGGGACAGAACAAGCAAAACGCACAGAGACUUCUUCCAUCUACAGGGAGCAGUUCAGUGCCUCUGCUAAUAAAAGAUGAAGACCUCAUGACAUCCCUUGAUGUCCUCUGUGAGAAUGAAUGUGAAAAUGAAUAUGACGAGAGCUCUGCAGAAUUUGAAGAGUUCAAAAUUAAAACCGAGUCUGAGUUCUACAGGGGAGGCAAAGUCAAAUGGUGGAACUUUUACUUCUCAGACCAUCCUGCAGCAAAAAAGUUCAUAAAGAGAGACAAACACUCAAAACUAGAGAACAAUAUUAAAUCUUUGACCAAAUAUACCAAAAGUACUUGUGCUAUGAUUAAUCUGUUUCAUCACCCUGGGUGCGGCGGCACCACCAUGGCCAUGCAUGUGAUGUGGGAUCUCAGAGAAAAAUUCAGAUGCGCAGUGUUAAAAGACAACACCGUUUCAAAGGACGAAGUGGCCAAACAUGUUGCUCAUCUGAUGAAUUGUGGAAAAAGUGAGCAAUCCUUAAAAACACCAGUCCUGCUACUAGUGGAAGAUUCAGAAGAAACAGAAAACACAGUUGAACUUCAGCACUCUUUGAGAAAAUUUACAAGAGAAACAGAAGCAUUUGUCAUCAUCUUAAACUGCAUACGCACAAAAACGCCAAAAGACAAACACAAGAAAAGUGUUGCUCAGAGCGAGUUUAUUACUGCAGAACUGUCUGACAAGGAAAAAUGUGCUUUCGAAACGAAGCUUAAAGAACUUCAAGAAAUAAAGUCUUUCACAACUGAGAACUUCUACAGUUUCAUGAUCAUGAAAACAAAUUUCGACCGCAUGUAUGUUGAAAAUGUUGCAACUAACAUACUAAAAGAUUUCAAAGUUGAAAACAAACAAGGCCGCCUGUUCUGCAUGCUGGCUUUGCUAAAUUCGUAUGUGGAUGAACCAGCCUUCUCAAGAUCUAUAUGUGAAGAUUUUUUGGGCAUUAAAAUUGCGCGUUGGGGAAGAGAAUCAGUGCUGGAGAAAAUGGAGCCCUACUCCUGUUUGCUGAUUGAAUUUGAGGCAGAGGAAUAUGGAGGAUUCAAAGCAAUUCGCUUUGUUCAUCAAUAUCUUGCAACAGAAUGUCUGAAACAACUAGAGGAGACCCAUAACUGCUCCAGGGCUGACACUGUGCUUGACAUGUUGCAUUGCGAUGUCUUUUUUAAAACAUUUGCAAUUAAGGAUGUUCUUGUUCAGUCAAUGAAAAGCAUGUUGAUCACUCGUCAACGCAAGACAGAAGGUGAUGAGAAAGACUCUCUGUUUUCACCUCUGAUAGAAGACAUAAACUCAGGAGAAGAUGGGCUGAAUAAAAUACAAGACAUUUUUAUUGCAGCUUCAAAAAGGUUUGAUAAAGACUUCGCAAUUCCCCAAGCUCUAGCAAGACACUUCUACCUGAAAGAGAAGAACUUUGCUAAAGCUAAAGAGUGGGCAAAUAGUGCAAAAGCCAUCAAAGAAAAUUCCUACACUUUAGAUACAGUUGGACAAGUUGCAAAAAAUGAAUUAAAGCACAAACUUGAAUGUAAAAAGCAGGAGAAGAAACCAUGCACAGCUGAAGACUUGAGGGAUUAUCUUGAGUUAGCAAGCACAGCUACUAAAGCUUUCAGAAGAGCUCAGAGCUUGGCAAAGACAGAUGAUGUUCUUGAAAAUGAACAAAAACUUCACAGAAAGUUGAGCCCAUAUAAUAUAUCUGGCUACAUGGGUGAGAUUGACACAGCCAUGAUUGUUUUUGACAUCAUCAAAAAACUCCCAUUGUUUGAGAAAAAUGAUCCAAUGAAAGACCAUUACAUCCAGAGCUUCCUCAAAGGAAUAUUGGCCUGUUCAAAAAUCCCAAUUUCUAAAAGCGAAGCCAAUGAUACAUUUAUUGUUGUUCUUCAGGAAUACGAAUCUUUCCUUACAUCUUUAAAAUCACAGACAAAAGAGGCAUUUGAUUUUCUUGAAAUUUACUAUACUUACAUGAAAGAAAAAGGAACUAAUGACACGAAAGAUGCAAAGACUCGCCAGAGGAUCUCAGAACACUAUCAGCAGUACAUCGCAUUAUUUUGUGCCUCUGCAGAGGACAAACAAAAAGAGCAAAAGCAGAAACCAAUGUUGAGUUUGAAUAUGGAGAUUGAAAACUGCAGAAUAUUUCUGGAGGAAAGCAGAGCAGAUACGUUUCCAGGUCUUCUCCAGUUUUUGGAGCCCAAAAAAGUGUCUGUAGAAAAGAUUGUUGAAAAAUACUCAUUUAUAAAUGACAAUUCUGCCAUCAAAACUACAAAGGAUAAAAUGAAUUAUCUGCUUGCACAUAUUAUACUGAAUUUGACCUUACCAAAAUCAAAGUUAGCAAAAUCCCCAGGAUACCUCGAGGAGCUUUUACAAGAUAUUCUGCAAGAGGUCGGUACACAGCACCAAAACCCAGAGCCAUUCUAUCUUGCCAUACUCUUGCUCUGGCCAGGAAGAAACGUCAACAGCUCUGGCAUUAAAAUAUAUGUUGAUAAAAUCAGAAGCUCAGCCAGAAAGAAGCUCUCUUAUUUGUACAGAACAAGGUCAACCAUUGCACACUUCUUCCUGGGAAAAUCUGAUGGAUUACAAAGGUUGGUGACAAAAGUUUCUCUUGACAGAUCCGAAACUGUCAGUAAUGUGAAAAAUCGAAACAUACUCUGGCAAACAGGAGAAAUCUUUAAGGAAACCACAAUAUGUAGCAGGCUUCUCAGAGUGACCGGUACUAUUGAGCAAGGCGAGGUCUUCACAGAGUAUGGAAAUCUAAAGAUCUCAUUGCGUCCUGCAUUUCUUGGUGAUAUGAGAAGCGGCUACAGCACUGAGAAAGUGUCCUUCUACAUAGGCUUUGCCAUGGAUGGACCACUUGCUUAUGACAUUCAAUAUGAAGAUGACCGAUAGAUCAUGUUGUAUGACAAUCUAAAUAAAGAUGCUCUACUAUU